AUUUGGAGUGUAACCAUGGUAACCGGCGUGACUUACCACCCCGUGGUCAACACGCAGUACGGGCGUCUGCGGGGCAUGCGGGUGCCCCUGCCCACCGAGGCGCUGGGGCCCGUGGACCAGUACCUGGGCGUGCCUUACGCCUCGCCGCCCGUGGAGGAGAAGCGCUUCGCCGCGCCCGACGCCCCCGCCCCCUGGACCGGCGUGCGCAACGCCACGCGCUUCCCCGCCGUCUGCCCGCAGAACAUCCGCAACCAGCCGCCCGAGAUCAUGAUGCCCGUGUGGGCCACAUUCAACCUGGACACGGUGGCGACCUACCUGCAGGAGCAGAGCGAGGACUGCCUCUAUCUCAACAUCUACGUGCCCACGCAAGGUGAGUGGCAAGCGAGGGACGACCCUAAGCCUGUGAUGGUGUUUGUGCACGGGGGAUCCUACAUGGAGGGGACCGGCAACAUCAUGGACGGCAGCGUGCUGGCCAGCUACGGCAACGUCAUCGUCAUCACCCUCAACUACCGAGUGGGAAUACUCGGCUUCCUGAGUACGGGGGACCAGGCGGCUAAAGGGAACUACGGCCUGCUGGACCAGAUCCAGGCCCUGCGCUGGAUCAGCAAGAACAUCGUCUACUUCGGCGGCGACCCCAAACGGGUCACGGUGUUCGGCUCGGGCAUCGGGGCCUCCUGCGUCAGCCUCCUCACCCUGUCCCACCACUCCGAAGGCCUGUUCCACCGCGCCAUCAUCCAGAGUGGCUCUGCGCUCUCCAGCUGGGCCGUCAACUACCAGCCGGUCAAGUACACGCGGCAGCUGGCGGAGCGGGUGGGCUGCAACGUGCUGGACACCCACGACCUGGUCUCCUGUCUGCAGAAGCGCAGCUACAAGGAGCUGGUGGAGCAGGACAUCCAGGCGGUGCGCUUCCACGUGGCCUUCGGGCCCGUCAUCGACGGCGACCUCAUCCCAGACGACCCGGAGGUGCUCAUGGAGCAAGGCGAGUUCCUCAACUACGACAUCAUGCUGGGCGUCAACCAGGGCGAGGGGCUGCGGUUCGUGGAAACCGUCGUGGACCCGGACGACGGUGGCGUGUCCCCCUCGGAUUUCGAUUUCGCCGUGUCGGAUUUUGUCGACGGGCUGUACGGCUACCCGGAAGGCAAGGACACGCUUCGGGAGACGAUCAAGUUCAUGUACACCGACUGGGCGGACCGUGACAACCCGGAGACGCGGCGCAAGACCCUGGUGGCGCUGUUCACCGACCACCAGUGGGUGGAGCCCUCGGUGGUGACGGCAGACCUGCACGCGCGCUACGGCUCGCCGACGUACUUCUACGCCUUCUACCACCACUGCCAGAGCCCCAUGAAGCCGGCGUGGUCGGACGCGGCGCACGGCGACGAGAUGCCCUACGUGUUCGGCGUGCCCCUCAUCGGCCCCACCGAGCUCUUCCCCUGCAACUUCUCACGCAACGACAUCAUGCUCAGCGCCGUAGUCAUGACCUACUGGACCAACUUCGCCAAGAGCGGUGACCCCAACAAGCCAGUGCCCCAGGACACCAAGUUCAUCCACACCAAGGCCAACCGCUUCGAGGAGGUCUCCUGGUCCAAGUACAACCCCAACGACCAGCUCUACCUGCACAUCGGCCUCAAGCCUCGUGUGCGCGACCACUACCGCGCCACCAAGGUGGCCUUCUGGAAGCACCUGGUGCCCCACCUGUACAACCUGAACGACAUGUUCCACUACACCUCUACUACCACACGCGUGCCGCCCCUGCACACCACCCAGAACCCGCGCUCCAACCAGCGCGCCAGUGGCAGCAAGGUGGGCCCCAACACCAAGGGGCCGUCGGCUUCCAGCGUCAGCGGUGAGGGCCGUGGUCCCCUCGUCAUCGCCAACCCGCGUGACUACUCCACCGAGCUGAGCGUCACCAUCGCCGUUGGGGCGUCGCUGCUGUUCCUCAACGUCUUGGCCUUCGCCGCGCUCUACUACCGGAAGGACAAGCGCAGCCGGCAGGACACGCCCCCGCAGCCCACGCCACCGCCGCGCCAGACGGCCUCCAACGACAUCAGCCACGCGCCCUCCACCAUCAGCGGCAACCAGGAGGGCUGCGGCCUGGGCGACCCGCUGCGCCUCACACCGGCUUCCUCGCCGCGCGACUACACGCUCACGCUGCGCCGCUCGCCCGACGACAUCCCGCUCAUGACGCCGACAAACUCCGUGGCCAUGACGCCCAACUCCAUCGCCAUGACGCCCAACACGGUGGCCAUGUCGCCCAACACCAUCACCAUGACGCCCAACUCGCUAAUGGGCCACGCCAGCAUGCACCCCUACAACACCUUCACCCACGGAUUCAACUCCACCGGCCUGCCGCACUCGCACUCCACCACGCGGGUGUAGAGCCGGUGGCCUGUCCCAUAUGGCCUACCCGUCCAACUCAGCUACACAGCGCUACUGACUAAGGGUUUGGGGUUAGAUUGAAGCAGCCCAUUUGGACAGAACACACUGAACAAACAAGCGAGCUGUUUUCGGACCGGCCAGCUUCACGUCAGAGACGGUUCCUGUCUGCAUCACAUGGGUGUGUAGAGCC